AUGCAAAGGCAAUAUUCAUUAAUAUUUAUCUUGUUAAUUUUUCUCAACCUUUCCGACCUCGGAUUAACGCAAAAGCAACGAGUAGAUGGGGGUGGAAACAGUAAAAGUACCUUCAUACAGCAACAACCUCAACAGCGUUUUCAACAACAACAACAAUUCCAACAACAGUACCAGCAGAAUCAGCAGCAAUAUCAACAGCAACAACCCAAAUACUACAGCUAUGAUAAUGGGAUAAACGACAAUGGACGAUCCACACAAUGGUACUAUUUUCCUCAACAGCAACAACAAGAAAAUUAUUUUCCUCAACAAUACAAUCCUCAACAAAAUGUCAAUCAACAACAACAACAAUUCUAUUCUUAUUCUCCCUCCUCUUCCACUUCAUUUGCUUCACAUGCCCAUGGAGUACCUCAACUACAAGCAGCACAAGGGGCCGGUGGUCAAUAUGGGAAUAGCAUCAAUGCUAUAGGUACUGACAGUCAAUUUCAACAACAAUCAAUCAACCAAUUUGGGCAACAACAAGGUGGAGCAGUACACCAACAAUUAACACAAUUUAGGGAAGCUGGUCAACAAUUACCAUCGGAUAAGGGAGGGGGAGUAAAUAGUCAAGUAGGAAGCAACAAUAAUCAACAACAAUUUUAUUCUUACACAACAUUUCCCCCAUUAACUCUUCCCCCACAUCCUCCAACAUUUGCAACUAUGAUGCCUUCAUUUUUCCCAACACCACCCUCACAACCUGUAUAUGAUCAUGCUUUAGCACAACGAAUGCAUAAACAACCAUAUUUAUAUAAUUUUGAUUUUGCACCAGGAACCCCAGUUAUUUAUUGUGCUUAUGGAGCUAAUCCAAUUCCUCGUUAUAAUACUCUCUACAAAAAAUGCAUUCCUUAUCAUCCACUUUGUGGAAUUACUUUUACGUGUAUUUUUGAUGUUGAUCCAGAAACUGGACAUGUUUGGAAUCAUGCAGCGGAAACAAAAAAGAGGAAAUAA